CGGCGGCAGCGCUCGGGGAGGGCAGGGCCGGGCAAGGGCGGGACUGGCCCACGAUCGGCGGACUGAAGAGCCGCGGAGGUAACGGGUCCGGACGCGGGCGGCGGCGGCGGCGGCUUUCUGCACGCGAGGAGGCGGCGGCAGGAGCGGCGAGCAUGGCCCGCGCAGCGCCCAGCGCUGAUUGAGGGUCAUGCUGCGGCAGCCUGGCGCCUGACAAGUGAGGGGGAACCUGCCCUGGGAUUACUGCUAGUGCAAACUAACAGCAGGACAGGCUGGCCUCAGAAGAGCAGGGAUGGACAGAGCAGCUGCAGAGCCCAGGCCAGCAGCUCCAGGAAGAAGGCCUGGAUCCUGGUGGGGAGCUCUGCGCACACUCUGCUGACCAGAUCCGCUUGGAUGCAGCACUCCGCUGAGCAGCAACUGUUACCAGCCCCAAAGGACCCUAAAGCAAGAGUAGGUGCUUAGUGCAACUGCAUUUGGGGCUGUGACUACCAAGAAACGGGACAAGCACUUUGGAUGGGAAGCAUCUGGGGACUAAUGAGAGGAGAAUCUUGGUCUCUGCAGCAAUUUCCUGACGCCACCCACGGAGCUUCCUGGUUUUCUUCUUUCAGGGCUGGGAUCUGGUUCCCACCCCUGGCAGAGGGGCUGGGACAGCAGUGCCAGCCAAGGUGGGAAGGACUCUUGCAUGGAAUGCAGGCCCCCUGAAGCCUGUAUCCCCUCUGUUUUAAUCAGAGUUCCAGGGUUUCCCCACUGCAGGGGACGAGGGGCUGCCUCAGUGUCUGCUCAUGAGCCACAAAGACCACGACUGCUCCGAACUGGACCUUUUCAAGCCGCCAAAGAGGGGGACCCCCAGAACUGGCGGCCAGCAAUCCCAAGGGACUAGAGGGCUGGGAUGGACUGACCUCCUCCUGUCCAGGGCAGCAGGAAAGGCAGAGCCUUUGUGACCCAGCUAGUCACAGAGAAAACCAAUGAAGCCCUAAACUAGGACCCAAGUGGCUCAGGGACAGGGGAGCCACUCCUUACAUUGAGGGAGGGCGUGGUGAGGUUCCCCUGCUGUAGCACAUGCCCUAUGCCCUUUGCACUUGCUGCCGGAAUAGACAGGCUGCACCGUGGCUGGCACCUCAGGUGGGGAAAGAAGUGGCCACGGCGACAGCUGCCCGCCUGCUAGCACCAUGAAGUGCUCCCUGCGGGUGUGGUUCCUCUCUGUGGCCUUCCUGCUGGUGUUCAUCAUGUCCCUGCUCUUCACUUACUCACACCAUAGCAUGGCCACCUUGCCCUACCUGGAUUCGGGGGCCCUGGGCGGGACACACCCCGUGAAGCUGGUGCCCGGCUAUUCUGGCCUUCAGCGCCUCAGCAAGGAGGGGCUCUCAGGCAAGAGCUGUGCCUGCCGCCGCUGCAUGGGUGAUACGGGUGCCUCCGAUUGGUUCAACAGCCACUUUGACAGCAACAUCUCACCCGUCUGGACCAGAGAGAACAUGGAUCUUCCCCCAGAUGUCCAAAGGUGGUGGAUGAUGUUGCAGCCCCAGUUCAAGUCGCACAACACCAAUGAGGUGCUGGAGAAGCUGUUCCAGAUUGUGCCGGGCGAGAAUCCCUACCGCUCCCGGGACCCCCACCAGUGCCGGCGCUGUGCUGUGGUGGGGAACUCGGGCAACUUGAGGGGCUCUGGCUACGGGCAGGACGUGGACGGGCACAAUUUCAUCAUGAGGAUGAAUCAAGCACCAACUGUGGGCUUUGAGCAGGAUGUUGGCAGCCGAACCACCCACCACUUCAUGUACCCUGAGAGUGCCAAGAACCUGCCUGCCAACGUCAGCUUUGUGUUGGUUCCCUUCAAGGCCCUGGACCUGCUGUGGAUUGCCAGUGCCCUGUCCACGGGACAGAUCCGAUUCACUUAUGCCCCAGUGAAGUCCUUCCUUCGAGUGGACAAAGAAAAGGUCCAGAUCUACAACCCAGCCUUCUUCAAGUAUAUCCAUGACAGAUGGACAGAGCAUCAUGGGCGGUACCCUUCUACAGGGAUGCUGGUGCUCUUCUUUGCCCUGCAUGUGUGUGAUGAGGUGAACGUGUAUGGGUUCGGGGCCGACAGCCGGGGCAACUGGCACCACUACUGGGAGAAUAACCGGUACGCGGGCGAAUUCCGGAAGACGGGCGUACAUGACGCGGACUUCGAAGCCCACAUUAUCGACAUGCUGGCCAAGGCCAGCAAGAUCGAGGUCUACCGAGGCAACUGAGCAGGGCCUUGCCGCUACCCUUCCUGCCCAGCCGCUAGGCGCCGGGGCGCGCUCCCUCGGGCAUCACCAGGCAAUCAGGAAUGACGCCAGGCCAAGGUGUGGGCCAAUCAUUCUGCAGUCCAGCGAGAGCCUGCUGUCCUCCGCCAAUCAUGAGACCGGGGGGCCGGUCAAGGCCUGGCACCAAUCAGCUCUGUGGCUGGGCGGAACUUCUGUUUCUCCCAGCCAAUCAUGCGACUCAAGGAGAACUUCCGUCGCUGGGACCCGUCUCCUCCAAUCAAUGGCCUUCGGGGGCGGGCCAGCGGCUACUCAAUCCCCCUCCCUUCUGCUUUUGGAUAAGGUUUUAUUUUCCGCCUUUUAAGUAGGGGCUCCUGGGGGCCUCGAUGGAGUACUGUUCUCAGGCUCGACUGAAGGAGGGUCCCUCGCUGUCCGGCCUGGCUAUCCCUGGGGCGCCGAGGAGGAAAUGCCAGGCAGUGGCCGCAGGCCUGGGCGUGUUCGGGUCCCUGGGGACGUGGGGCGUCAACCGAGGCCGGAUGGUGGUCAGGAAGGAGUGUGCCUCAGCCAAGAGAAAAGCUAGUGUCCCCAGAUCCGAGAGCAUUUUAGACUGCACAUGUCCUUUCUCCAUCAGGCCCAGAUGG